AUGGAUCCUUCUAAUCCUUCCCAUCUUGGAAAAAUGUUCAUGGAUUUUAUGAAUGACGGCAUGGAUGAAGAACUUGUGAAGCUCUACUUUGAAAGUCACGCGCAAGAAGAAUGUGAGAGCUCAAGUAGGCCUAGACGCCAAAGAAGGAAUAUAGAGAGGAAUUGUGUAGAAGGACAUGAGCGGUUGUUCAAUGAUUACUUCUCAAAAACUCCAGUGUACACGGAUGCGCAAUUUAGUAGAAGGUAUCGAAUGCAUAAACAUGUAUUCCUUCGCAUCGUUGAAGCUCUUGGUCAACAUGAUGAGUAUUUUUAG